AUCUUCAGUGAGCACACGAGCACUCGCGCGUGCAGAGCUCAGCGGUUGGACCUGCGCAUCCACUUGUUGAGUUCACAACAGUUCACCAUUGCUCUAUUUAAAGAGACAACAACAUGGCACACGGGCUGGUCAGACAGGAGUCUGUGGAAACCGAGAUGCACAAGUCUGAAACCAAAAGAAAAACGUUUGUUUUCACCAAGAAGAGGGGCUACGAUGUCACCCGAAACCCCCACCUCAACAAGGGCAUGGCGUUCUCCCUGGAGGAGCGUCUCCAGCUGGGGACCCACGGCCUUCUGCCUCCCUGCUUCAUCAGCCAGGACGUCCAGCUGCUGCGGGUGCUCAAAAACUAUGACAUGCAGAAAGAUGACCUGGACAGAUAUGUGUUUCUGAUGGGGCUCCAGGACCGCAAUGAGAAGCUCUUCUAUCGGGUGCUUUCGUCAGACAUCGAAAGGUUCAUGCCCAUCAUUUACACUCCCAUUGUGGGCCUGGCCUGCCAGCAAUAUGGACUCAUAUUUAGAAGACCAAGGGGGCUGUUCAUCACUAUUCAUGACAGAGGCCACAUUUCUACCGUGCUCCAGAACUGGCCAGAUAAGGACAUCAGGGCAGUGUGUGUGACGGAUGGAGAGAGGAUCCUGGGACUGGGAGACCUGGGCUGCUAUGGUAUGGGUAUCCCAGUAGGCAAGCUGGCCCUCUACACAGCCUGUGGAGGCAUGCCACCACAACAGUGCCUGCCUGUCAUGCUUGAUGUGGGAACAGACAAUGAGGUGCUUCUGAGGGACCCUCUGUACAUUGGGCUGAGACAUAAGCGAGUGCGAGGCCAGGCCUAUGAUGACCUGCUGGAUGAAUUUAUGAAGGCUGUGUCGGACAGGUAUGGGAUGGACUGUCUGAUUCAGUUUGAGGACUUUGCAAAUGUUAAUGCUUUCCGUCUGCUGAGCAAAUACCGCAACAAGUACUGCACUUUCAACGAUGACAUCCAAGGCACUGCAGCAGUAGCUGUAGCUGGACUCCUGGCUGCUCUCCGCGUCACCAAGAGCAAAAUGUGCGAUCACACCAUUGUUUUCCAAGGAGCAGGGGAGGCAGCGAUGGGGAUUGCUGAGCUGAUCACCAUGGCCAUGGAGAAGGAGGGACUCCCUAAGGAGGAGUGUUUGAAAAAGAUCUGGAUGGUUGAUUCCAAAGGCCUGAUUGUCAAGGGUCGAGAACACCUGACUCAUGAGAAGGAGAGAUUUGCUCAUGAGCACCGACAGAUGAAGAAUCUGGAGGAUGUAGUUCGGGAAAUUAAACCUACAGCAAUCAUUGGUGUGGCAGCUAUUGCUGGAGCCUUCACCGAACAGAUCAUCAGGGCCAUGGCUUCGUUCAAUGAACGCCCAAUCAUAUUCGCCCUCAGCAACCCGACCAGCAAAGCAGAAUGCACCGCUGAGCAGUGUUACACAUUGACAGAGGGGCGGGGCAUCUUUGCCAGUGGCAGCCCGUUUGACCCGGUCACCCUACCUGAUGGAAGAAAACUCUACCCUGGUCAGGGUAACAACGCCUACAUCUUCCCCAGUGUGGGCCUGGGUGUUACUGCCUGUGCCAUCAAACACAUCUCUGAGGAAAUCUUUCUCACUGCAGCAGAGGCUCUCGCUCACCUGGUGACAGAAAAGGACCUGGCAGAGGGACGACUGUAUCCUCCUCUCAGCUCCAUCGGAGACGUCUCUCGCACACUGGCCAUCAAGAUCAUUGAGUAUGCAUAUGAGCACAACAUGGCCUCCCUUCACCCAGAGCCGUCCGACAAAGAAGCAUAUGUGAACUCACUCGCCUACAGCACCGACUACGACGAGUUUGCUGUGGACUCGUACCGCUGGCCAGACGCCAGUAUGACUGUGCAGACGUGCAAACUUUAAAGCAGUGUACACAGAGACAGAAUGAGGGAAAGGUGACGACUGAGAUGCGUCUUCAUCACAGAAUAUGAUGUUGGUAGAUGACAAUGUAGAAUCUUGUCAUGGAUGUGUGACAGUGAAAUAAAUGACAGCACAUGUAGAGGUCGUGAACAGGAUGUCUUCAAUUCCCCUUCAGCAGUGAAAAAAAAAUCAUCUCAAGUUUUAUUUUUAAGAAAUAGUGAAAUGAUAGAGGGAAAUAAAUACAAUGUUACAGAGAAGCGGUUUGUAGAAAUUGUGAAAUACUGAACGAAAACAUACAUUUAAGAUAAUAUAUAGUCCUUCACAGGCUGUAACUUUAUGAUUGUGUCAGCUAUAUUCCAACUCUUUUUCAAAUAAAAAAGCUUUUGAAUUAUAUUUUUCAUGUCGGAUUACUACAGUCAAACAAAAGAGAAAAGAGGACAAAGUUUCCUUGAGAAAAGACAUAAAAGUAACUUCAUGAUUAUUUUUUUCCUCUAUUAGUUCAGAACAAGUGAGACACUCUUUAGUAUCUUAUUUAGAUCUGUCAUUUAUUCAAGACUCUUUUUGAUGAAUGUCAUGCUUCAUCACUUGUUUAUUUACUUUGAUUUUAUUAUUUUGAGAAAACAACGGCAAAAAGCUCAGCAGGGUCAUUGUGAAAUGCUUAUUCAUGCUUCUCUGGCUCCCUUCAGCGGCAAACACGUGUCAUCGCAGUACACUUUGUAGCCUACUACUCUGACUUUAAUCAUCCACUCUGUUUGCAAAUGUGUUCUUUUUCUUGGUUAUCUGAUUUUUGUAAGCACAUUUUAAGAGGAAACUAAAUCUGUAAUAUUUGAUCAGUAUUCACUUUAAUACAAUAUCAAUCUCCAUUAUA